CCACUCCACCUCCAAGAACACGCGCACACAGCACAGCACAGCACAGCACCAAGGAAAAGGCGGAAACAGAGAGGGAAAGAAACAGUCGCCGGCCGGGGCUAGGAGCGGAGACUCGAAUCGGCGGAGAAAAAAAAAGAAGACUCCAGCUGGUCGCUUCGCCUGCAAGGAACCCGCCCUGCUCGCGACCCGGUUCGUGACUUCAUGUCAGUCGGUGGCAAUGAUUCAUGCAUAUAGGAACAGAUCAUAGUUCUCUUGUGCUGGCUGUUACGGUGGUAUGUCUCCAGCUUACUGCAGACAAGGGCGUUUUUGGAUGGAUGCAUGAUAUACACACGAAAAGUGGGGUGAUUCUUAAGUAGUGACAAAUGCAAUACCUGCAUUUCCUAUAUUGUAUUGAAAAUAAAAAGGUAUCCGUCAUGACAAGGACAAAAAUCUUGUGGACACUAAGCUUUGGGCAUGGAGUUGACUAAUCCUGGGAAAUAAACUAGCUGAUAAAUCUUCAUCAACAACAGAAGGAUUUUUACCACCAAUUUUUCCUGCUUCCAUGGAAGUUUAUGAAAGCAAUGGUCAUGAUAAAACAAGAAUACAGAAUCCUGAAAAUCCGGCACCAGUUUCUGUUGAGUGUCCAGAUUCAUCCUUGGAAGUCCAAGAAAAGUUACCACGAAAUUUUACAGAGCACCAUGCGGGAUUGGAGUCCCCGACAGCCCACACUGUAAUUUCAUCACUGGAAAUGCCUUCCCACUUAGGACCAGCUCAGGCAUUUGAUAGUUCAUUGAAAGAAGAGGCAUAUCAUGCUACUUUAACAAAUAUGACUGAAGUGAAAAAUAUAUCUGAAAAUGGUUCAACUGGUGGUACUAUGCUAACAGCUGAAAUGAAAUCCAAAGACCAUAUGAAUGAUCAUCAGAACAUUUCUGUCACCCCAACAAAGAAAGCAGAAUCAGAAAAGGGAUCUGUUGACUCUAUUGCACCGUUUGAGUCUGUAAGAGAGGCUGUCACAAAGUUUGGAGGCAUUGUUGAUUGGAAAGCCUACAGAACUCAAUCAUUAGAGAGACGCAGGAUCAUGCAACUUGAACUUGAAAAGGUUCAGCAAGAGAUUCCACGGUUCAAAGAAGAUUGGGAAGCUUCUGAGGUGGCCAAAUCACACGUAAUCAAAGAGCUUGAGAGAACUAAGAGACUCGUUGAGGAGCUGAAGCAUAAGCUGGACAGGGCACAGCUUGAAGUGGACCAAGCAAAACAAGAUUCUGAACUUGCCCAGCUUAGGGCACAAGAAAUGGAGCAGGGCAUUGAUGAUGAAGCUAGUGUAAUAGCCCAAACACAGUUGACAGUUGCCAAAGAAAGACAUGAACAGUAUGCUGAGGAACUGAAGUUGGUAAAAGAGGAAUUGAGAUCAACACAUGAACAGUAUGCUGUCUUAACCACUGAAAGGGAUAUUGCAAUCAAAAGAGCUGAGGAAGUUGUUUCUGCUGCAAAGGAAACCGAGAAGCAAGUCGAGGAACUUACUUUAGAACUUAUUGCAUCCAAAGAGAUUCUCGAGUUAGCCCACGCUGCACACCACGAAGCAGAAGAGCACAGACUUGGGGCAGCUUUGGCGAAGGAGCAGGAUUGCCUUGCUUGGGAGAAAGAGUUGCAGCAGGCACAAGAGGAGUUGCACCAACUCAAUGAACAAAUUCUAUCCAAAACUGAUGUGGAAUCCAAAGUUGAUGAAAGUGUGCGCAAGUUGCUUAGCCUCCAAAGUGAGCUAGCUGCCUAUAUGGAAAACAAAUUGAGUGAAGAAGCUGGAGUGGUUCAGGAGCAAGGUUCCGACGAAGCAAAAGAAAUUAGUAGGUCAAUCAAGCAAGAUCUAGCUUUGACAAGAAAGGAGCUUGAUGAGGUUCAAGGGAAAAUAGAAAAAGCAAAAGAGGUAGCCAACUUAAUAAGAGUUGUUGUAGAAUCGCUCAUGUCAGAGCUUGAUAAGGAGAAAGCUUCACUUGUUACAUUGCAGCAGAGGGAGGGUAUGGCAUCCAUCACAGUUUCUUCUCUAGAAGCUGAGCUCACUAGCAUGAAACAAGAAAUAGAAAUGGUGCACAAGAAAGAAGCAGAGACCCGGGAUAAAAUGGUGGACCUUCCAAGGAUAUUGCAGCAAGAAGCCCAGGAAGCAGAAGAUGCCAAGAUGGCAGCUCAUUUGGCACAAGAAGAACUGAGAAAGGCCAAGGAAGAAGCUGAACAAACCAAGGCUGCUGCAACAACUGCAGAUACCAGGUUACGUGCGGUCUUGAAAGAAAUAGAGGUGUCUAAAGCAUCUGAGAGGCUAGCACUGGUGGCAGCUCAAGCACUGCAAGAGACUGAGGAAACAAGAAGUGUUGGCGAUUCUCCUAGGGGAGUAACACUUCCUAUAAGUGAAUAUCAUGCUCUUAGCAAGAGGGCUCAUGAAGCCAAAGAGCUUGCAAAUGAGAGGGUGGCAGCAGCGUUGGCGCAAAUAGAGUUGGCAAAAGAAUCUGAAUCAAAGUGCCUAGAGAAACUACAUGAAGCAUCCAAGGAGAUGGGCCAGAAGAAGGAUGCUCUCGAAUUCGCUCUGGGAAGGGCUAACAGGGCAAACGAGGGGAAACUUGGUGCUGAACAGGAGCUGAGAAGAUGGAGAGCUGAACACGUGCAGCGUCGGAAAGCCCAUGAAGCUGCAAAACAUGCAGUUAAUCCUACGAACACUCCACCCAGGACAUUUGUAGAGCACAAGGGCUCAUACCAGGAAGAUGAAGAAUCUCUUGCAGAUUCAAAGUUGCACAUGUCACCUAGUGGUAUGGAUCAAUUUGUAUCGGACCAGAAGUUACGGAAAAAGAAGUCCUUCUUCCCUCAGAUGUCCACCCUUUUGUCUAGAAAGGCUCAGACACAAACAUAAGAGAGAUGGAUCAUGUACAGACAAUGUUACUGUACUUCUGUAAAAUGUAAAUGGUGUAAAGUUGAAUAAGUUUGUUUUUCAACCCUGUAAAUUGUUUGACAUUUUACGGAUUGUACGUCUUCGUAUUAUGUUUUGGGAAAGAUGUUGAUACUUAAA